GAGAGAGAGAGAGAGAGAGAGAGAGAGAGAGAGAGAGAGAGAGAGAGAGAGAGAGAGAGAGAGAGAGAGAGAGAGAGAGAGAGAGAGAGAGAGAGAGAGAGAGAGAGAGAGAGAGAGAGAGAGAGAGAGAGAGAGAGAGAGAGAGAGAGAGAGAGAGAGAGAGAGAAAGGGGGGCAUAGCCGACCCCGACUGCGCAGCACAUCAACCCCACACCGUGGAGGAGACAUGAACGCCUGAUGAGUUCUUUUUUGGAGGAGUGUUUUUCUAUAAAACGACAGGAAGAUGACCUUUGACCUGGCGAGGCUGCCCGUACUGGCUGUCAUCAUGCUGGUCACAGCGAUCCGCGGUGGAAGAGUCCUCAGUGGUCAACGGGUGUGUCUGGGCGUGGCCUGGCGAGCGUGCUACAAGAUGGCGUACUUCCACGACGUGUCCAGCCGCGUGGACUUCAGGGAGGCGGAGCUCGCGUGCCGCAUGGACGGCGGCCAGCUCGUUAGCAUUCGCACGCCACAAGAACAAAAACACAUCCAGAGCCUGCUGGAGGAUUUGCGUCUGGGCUCGGGCAUAUCAGAUGGCGAUUUUUGGAUCGGUUUGACCCGCGCAGACGACGAGCGCAACCCUCCCGAUGGUGUCACUUCCUGUCUGCAACGCUACAGGUGGACCGACGGCAGCUCGGCGUCCUUCAGGAAGUGGUACUCGGACGAGCCGUCGUGCGGCGCCGAGUCCUGCGUGGUGAUGUAUCAUCAGCCGCGUGCGGAUCCGGGAGUGGGCGGGGCCUACCUUUAUCACUGGAAUGACGACCGGUGCUCCAUGAAACAUAAUUUUAUCUGCAAAUAUCAACCAGAACGCCACCCGGAGGAGGACCCCAGCAUCGCGACUGCUGGGCAGGGAACGGAGACUACACUGGACAGGGGUCACGUCACCUUGACAGGAACUUCAGGCCCGUUGGCGCUGUACGUCAUCCUUCCAACCAUCCCGCUGCUGCUGCUCAUCUUGGCGGCCUCGGCCACUUGCUGCUGCCGCCUGCUGAGCACAAGCUCGCCGGCGAGGCAGGCCAACCUCUGGAUUGCCAAGCCGCCCAAAGGUGACAUCAUGGAGCCAUGACAGCGCAGCUCCCGGUGAUGUGGGCGGAGCCAAAAGUGUCACCUGACAUCCUUAGAGGAUCGCAUGCUGAGCUUGUUUUGCUGUGUUCCAAGUCGUGAGCAUGAGAAAAUGUUCACUUUUUUUUUUCUUUUAUAUCUGCUGAAGCUCGGGGCUGAGCUCACACCAUGCACAAAUAAAUGGAAACUCAUAA